UUGGGUAUUGUUGGGAUUUCAUCACCAUCAUCAUCAUCAUCAUCAUCAUCAUCAUAUAAAUACUACAUCAGUAUAUAUUACUAGUACUAUAUUAGGGUUUUGUUACUAAAAGUUUGAUCAUCUCGCGAUCUCACUCUUUGCGUUGAGGUGUUGAAUACAAUGGCAAGUGAAUUCAAAGCAUCUACUUCAAAUGAUAUGCUGUGUGAAGAUGAAUCGGAAAGUUUCUCCGAUAUCGAUGAUCAAGAGAUUGAUCAGUACCUUUUCAAUGACGAAGAGAAGCGCAUCGUGAAGAUAAUAUGGGAAUAUCGGAACCACGAAUAUCUUGAGGAGGAAGCAGCGAAGGAAGCUGAGAAGAAAGUUUAUGAAGCAAUUUGGUUAAACACUCGAGAAGAUCUACUAGAAUCAAUGGAGCGUUAUGAAUCUGCUCUUGCAGUUCUGGCAAGAUACAGAGAGAGACGACCUCAACAAGCCACUUACCAAAUGGAUAGAAGAGAGCAAAGAGAAGCUCGACAGAGAGAAGCUCAACAGGCCGCUUACGAAAUGAGGCUGCAAAGAUUGUUUGAAGAUAACCCAUCAAUUCAUUCUUGAACUUUUUUCCUUUUAAAUGUGUAUAUCUAUUACAGUUGAGUUUUGCAAACAAGAGAAAUAUUUUUACUAUAUAUUUAACUGAAAAGUAAAAUUUGAUUAAUCUAUUA